AUGUCCUCCACGCGUCAUAUCCAUAUCAUCAACGCGCGGCUGCAUCGGAAUGCAGAUCACCACCGCGCUGGUGUUGCUAUUGCUUUCAUCGCCGACCGCGCGGUGGAGACAGAGGGAUGGCGCAUCCGGUCAGUGAACGCCCUUCCAGCCUCCACACGAGCGGCAUGCCGAGGAAACUCUGUCAUCAAUAUUCCGCACGCUCGCAUAAGAGUUGCGGUGACAUCUUCACCCAUCGUCACCGCGGUGAGGGCUCACCACGGAGAGGUCGCCAUGGUCGGGGACAUCGCUGUCGUUGCUGGUAGGGGGGUUGUUGCUAACUCGCCGAUAGGGGAGGGGCUUCUCCGCGUGCCGAGGAACGCUGCGCUGGUGGGUCGUGGAAGUAGGAGAACGGCGCCCAGUACGCAAGACGAUGAGUUCCUCCAGGAACCGAUUAAAAGUGCACAAAUUGAUUCAUGCAUUCGUGUGACAGACAAUGGAAGGGAGAGCAUCCACAGAAAUGUUUUCUUUAUUUUCACACUAUACAAUGCAUCUAAUCACAGUGAUCAACUUAAGUUGGGUGCUAGAAGCUCAGAAGAUGCUGCUAGAUGGAUUAGAUCCUUGAUGGAAGCCGCCUUAAAGGAGUGCCCAAAUAUAGGAGAGGAUGUCGUGGCUUGCUCAAGACGACGAUGGCAACCUUUCAGGUUGAGUCGUUCUGAGAGGCGAAGUCAAGGGCACUCUAUGGAUUGGACUGCUUUUUCAUCAGUGCACACAGAUCCAAUGACAUCUGAUGUUAUCGCACCUUCUCCAUGGACAAUAUUUGGGUGUAAAAAUGGAUUGCGUUUGUUUAAAGAAGCAAAGGAUGGAGAUUAUCAUGGGAAGAGGUGGGAUGAUCAUCCAGCUAUAAUGGCCGUAGGGGUGGUCGAUGGGAGCUCAGAGGCCAUUUUUAGAACAGUUAUGUCUCUGGGCCCAUCAAGAUCAGAAUGGGAUUUCUGUUUUUAUCAGGGCAGUGUAGUUGAACACUUGGAUGGUCAUACUGACAUCAUACACAAGAAACUGAAUGGUGAUUGGUUGCCUUGGGGAAUGAAACGAAGAGAUUUGCUAUUACGGCGUUAUUGGAGACGGGAAGAUGAUGGGACAUAUGUAAUCUUGUACCAUUCUGUAUUUCACCAAAAAUGCCGACCUGAGAGAGGAUAUAUUCGUGCCUGCCUUAAAAGUGGAGGAUAUGUUAUUUCUCCCGUCAACCAAGGGAAACAGUCAGUUGUUAAGCACAUGCUUGCAAUUGACUGGAAAUUCUGGAAGUCUUAUCUAUUCCCUUCUUCUGCAAAACAUAUAACAAUAAAGAUGCUUGGCAGAGUUGCUGCACUUAGAGAAUUGUUCCGUGCUAAACAUGGAAAUCAUGCUGGCUCAGAUUUCUCAUCAGGUGAAUUGAUAAGGGAGGUGAGACUGGUGCAGUCAAGGGAGAACGCUAAAGCUGAACUGCAGUCAGAAGGUGAAAAUUUUAAGUGCAAGAAUCCUGCAGAAGAGCCACAAAGGUCUCCUGCCAAGUUUUUGAAUGCUGGUGGGUCAUUCCUUCAGCUAAAUGAUGCAGCAGAUGAAUUUUUUGAUGUUCUUGAUGAAUCUGAGUAUGAACAAUCAGAAACUAUCUGGCCCUCUAAUUCAGGAAUGCAGUCCCAGGACCAACGUCAUACAAAGAUGUCAUCUGCUGCCGGUUUGGUGAAGAGAUUGCAUGAUCUUGCAGUUCAAAAGAGGGGUUAUAUUGAUUUACAGGAGGCCUCAAUAGGAGAUGCCCUACCAUGCUGCUAUGGUGCAACACUUAUAAAUGACCCAGAUUGUACUUUGCCUUGUAGUUGGUCAACAGCAGAUCCUUCAACAUUUCUGAUUCGCAGUGAAACUUACUUGCAAGACCAUCAUAAGAUCAAAGCCAAUGGCACUUUGAUGCAAAUGGUUGCUGCUGAUUGGUUAAAAUCUGAUAAGCGUGAGGAUGAUCUUGGUGGUCGCCCUGGUGGCAUUGUGCAGAAAUAUGCAGCACAAGGUGGCAAUGAAUUUUUCUUCAUUGUGAAUAUACAGGUCCCAGGCACAACCACAUAUAGUCUUGCUUUAUAUUAUAUGAUGGAUACUCCAGUGGAAAAGGUUCCUUUGCUACAAAGCUUUAUCAAUGGAGAUGAUGCAUACAGGAAUUCGAGGUUUAAGUUGAUCCCGUACAUCUCUAAGGGAUCUUGGAUUGUGAAGCAAAGUGUGGGGAAGAAGGCAUGUUUGGUGGGUCAAGCACUUGAAAUCAACUAUUUCCAAGGGAGAAACUACUUGGAGCUGGGUGUUGACAUUGGCUCAUCGACAGUUGCCAGGGGUGUUGUCAGUCUUGUUCUUGGUUAUUUGACUAAUUUAGUGAUUGAAAUGGCGUUUCUAAUUCAGGGAAAUACACAUGAUGAGCUCCCAGAGUUCCUACUUGGAACCUGCCGUUUGAACCAUCUUGAUGCAACAAAAGCAAUUCCGAUAAACACAUGGUAAUAUCAAGGUUUGUUACAUGUGCAGAUUGCCAUUUUUCAUUGUGACAAUAUUUACAUAUUCUGGUUAUUGAUCCGCAUAAUAGGAUCAAUACUCAAAUGGGAAUCAAAGCUGUAUAUCCCUCUCAAGUUUCUGGAAAAAUAUAGAUAACUCUUGUUUCUCAUUCAUUAAUACAUGUCUAUAUAUUU